AUCAUAAUUUUACAUCUGUGUAGAAACUGAAAAGCUACUUAAAAUUAAAUGAAAACAUGUAUAUAUAUUUAUAUGAUAAACUAUAUUUUUUCCAAAGACUGCUAGUCAAAGACAGUUUCUGGGUGUUGAAAAACAUACUGUCAAACGCACUGUGACACCGAUAGUUUUCCCAUUUGUUCACACUGAUUCAAUCUCUCACGUAAACGAGUUACAAGGUCACAGAGUCUGUCCAUCCCAACAUUACGUCACAACCAACCGAGUCGUGGCUUUUUGUCCUGCUUCCUGUCAGCACGUUGAAAGUGGGUGAAAUAGACACCUUACCCUACCCACUAGACCGUGACAUAGUUCUUUAAACAUGGCGGACAUUUUAGGAACUUUUUUUUUUGUUGUCAUCUAUUUGAAACUUCCUAGCAAAUAAAACUACAAGUAAUUAAAUAAGAAACGUAUAAUUAGCUAGUUUGCAGCAACUUAACACCAAUGCUAGGUAAUUGUACAACCACAGUGUCUAUAUACACAUUAAGUAAUGAAGCGAAUGAUGUAGAUCUAGCAACAAGGGGAGAAUAUCAAGGGUUGAAUUUGUUUGUAUUAGUUUGAAUCAGAUAAGCUCCCUGUAUUCAUUGCUAGCCGUUUGCACAUUGUAAGCUGAACCCAAGAAAGCGCAGGAAAGUUGAUCUAGAUCUUUAUUGUUGCAGAAUAAUCCUUGACCUUCAAAACAAACUGUGUGUUGUCCUUCUCAUCCAUUGACUCGCCUUCCAUCUACUUUACCUGUGCAUAUGUACAAACUCACUGUCCACACCCUGUACUUGAUUGUCUCACUUUCACGUGUGUACACAGCUUUAGGUCUUUCUCCGUUGUUGCUUAAAAAGGUCAAAGGUCCUAAUGUUACUUUUAAAAUAAGAAAAGACUAGCGAACAUCUCCAAAAUGUGAUUGUAGAGAGACCACUUCAACCUAACAUUUACGGUGACAUUCACGACAUAUAGGUGAGGACAACACGAGUAGCUGCAGCACUACUUUCUUCUAGAAGCACAUCAAACAGGAUGUUAGGACUCAGACUGUGUGUGGCUUUGAUAGCCUAUCCAUUGCUUGCGUACUGCUGUCUUCCAGACUCUUUUCAAGUUCUAGACCUUUCGCACACCCUCAGCAAUGAGUCCCUCAGGUGGCCUGGUGGUAGCAACUUCAGCUUUACUAUUUUGACCAGAGGAUGGCAAAACAACAACAGCUUCUGGCUAGAGCUGAACAAAUUUGAUACGCCUGAACACAUCGGUACCCACAUGGACGCCCCUGCGCACUUUUAUAACAAAGGUUGGAAGGUCCACGAGAUCCCUGCAGACAGGCUGGUAGGUCCAGGGGUUGUCAUUGACGUCAAAGACAAGGUGUUCAAUGACUCGGACUACAGAAUGACGCCAGCAGACGUAGAGAGCUGGGAAAAGGUAAAUGGGCCUAUACCAAAAGGAGCCAUUGUAUUUAUGAGGUCUGGUUGGGAUACUAGGUAUCCUAACAAGAAGCUGACAUUUAACACAAACACACCAGAUAAUGAAUCCACAUUUCAUUUUCCAGGCUUUCACCCUGACACUGCUAGAUGGCUAAUAGUUAACAGGAACAUUGGUAUGAUAGGCAUCGACACACCUUCCACAGACUACGGCCCUUCCCCUAACUUCGAGGUCCAUCAGAUCAUCAGUAAUGCGUCGGUCAUGGGCCUAGAGAACGUCAACAAUCUGGGCGCCCUUCCGCCCAAAGGAUUCAUCGUAACCGUCGCCCCUGUCAAGCUGUUUGACGGCAGUGGGGGGCCUGUUCGCAUCCUGGCACUAGUAAGCAAGGAUGGGAGCGGCAUGUGCACUACCAAUAGCGCAGGACGCUUAAUGCUUUUCUGGGCUUUUAAAUUUGGUUUAUGGCAUGUUUUGUCUAGUUUAUGGAAAAUCUGCAUUACUUAAAAUGGUGACAUACUGUAUCAUGUAUUCAGACUUCUAGAGAACUUUUAGAUGAGAUUAGAAAUGUCGAGAGUUUGGAAAUGUUGGGUUUCUAGGUCAUUCCAAAACAAAAAUAUUUAGCUCUUUAUAUUUAAUCAGUAAGAGACUUGGAAAUACAAGCUGUUCAAAUAACUUGAAUAACUAGAGGGAUGAAACAUGUAGUGAACCAUUGUCUAUAAGAGUGAAAUAAUUGUAAUUAGAGUGAAAUGAUUGCUCUGUAAAUUGAUUGUUGAGUUAAAAUACAUCUUCUCUAAAGAGAAAGGUUUGUAUUAUAAGGUGAAAUGAUGGUAUUUAAAAUAGAAGGAAAAAAUGGUAUUAAGAAUGAUUGUACUAUAUUAAGAGUGAACUAAUUGUACUUUGGAAUGAAAUUAAAGUUCUUUUAGGUGUAAUGAUUUAUUAAGAAAAAAAUGAUUGUAAUUAUAAUUGAAAUGAUUGUAUUUUACAUUGAUUGAUUUUACUUAAAAAUUAGACAAUUGUAAUUUAGAUCGAAAUGAUUGUGUUAUUUUUUUUAGAUUAGAAUGAGAAAGUAUUUGAUAAGAAACCAUUGUACUUUGGCUUGUCACAUUUAAGAAAACGGCAGAGUGAAUUUCACAUCCAGAGUAUAGAUAAUUUUUUUUAAAGAUUAAUUUGGCCCGCAAAUGAACUCACAGUCAAUAAACAAAGAUGUAAUGUAGAAGUUCUUUCACUUAUUCGAUAUCAAACAUAAUAAUUAACUACCUGUACUUUCCGUGUGGUAUCUAAAUAGGUCAAUGGCAUGUCAGUUCCAAGUUUCAAACUUCAUCCAAGAAUGGGUGUGGGAAAAAUACCAGACAGACAGACUGAGACAGACAGACUGAGACAGACAGACUGAGACAGACAGACUGAGACAGACAGACUGAGACAGACAGACUGAGACAGACUGACUGAGACAGACAGACUGAGACAGACAGACUGAGGUGAUAUAAGCUCUGGGAACAGUUGAAAAAUUUUGUUAGAUUUCUUUCGUAUUUUUAAUGUUUUGUUUUUUUUGGUUGCAAUGUUGUUGUUGUUUUUUACUCUGGGUUGUAAUAGUUUAAACAAACACACUUGAAAACUUAAUUUAUUUGUUUUCUCCUUUAGUUGUGUUAUGAUUUGUCUCCCCUGUUAUCGUCGAGUAAAUAAUGAGCAACUUAGAUAAAUGACAAAGACUCAUGGAAGAAUACCCAUUUUAGAACUUGAGCCAGACAUAUAGGCGGAACAUCGAUCUCAGCUUGUGUGCCACCAAACCAAUGAUGUUACAAUUAUUCGCUGCUAUUUGUUUCUAUUGAUUAAACACUAUAAAUUUUUGGGGCAGAAAUAUAACAGUAUGGAAGAAACUUUUCAAAACACUUGCUGUAUAUAUUCUGUUCUGUUAACUUUUUUUGUUUUUACUCUUUGUUGAUUAUAUAUAUAUAUAUAUAUAUAUAUAUAUAUAUAUAUAUAUAUAUAUAUAUAUAUAUAUAUAUAUAUAUAUAUAUAUAUAUAUAUAUGUAUAAAUUUGAGUAGCGUGAAUAUAAAACAUCAGGGGUUGAACCGCACUUUGUGACACCAGCCCUUGUCACGACAAUGACUCGUCCUGUUCUAUUGUUUCAUUUCUAAUAUUCAAGUAUGUUUAUAUUCAAGUAUAAUUUGUUUGUCGUUAUGUGUUUGUUAAUCUUGACAUGUAAGUAGUUCUUUUUUUUUUAAUUUGUUUCACCUGAUCAUUUCAGGAGAUGGUCGUUUUACAUUAUAGUUUAGUAGCAAUAAAUCUUUAUAUAUAUAUUUAA